UCCAUCUCUUCAAUAAUUAAGAGUUAAGACAGUUGACUGUUCCUGCCAUUGAUGAAAGCCUGUGCAUUCGUGCUGAUGAUUCAAGCACUUAAAAUUCCUGGCGAAGUCAUCCAAACUGGAUUGCAAGCCUUAGGAGAUGCCAUCAAGGGCUGUCUGAAAUGUCUGCUGAAUCUUCUGUUACAAGUAUUGAGUGACGCAGCAUCUUCUCUCUUUGAUCUUCUCUGGAAAAGAAUCGUAGAGGGUUCGUCUACCAUGUUCAUAACCAUGGAAGAAGUAAUAGCGAACUUGAGAAUUUUAUCAGCAGAGUUGUCAAAGGAUUUGGUGCAGGUUUUUGAAGGACUACAACAGAUGUUUUGUAAGAUUGUGGAGGAUUUGUUAAAACAUUACGUGGAUGCUGUAAAGUAUAUCCUUCAAAAUGCUUGAUUAGGCUUGGCAGUUA